AUGACCGAACGCUUUGCAUGGAAUCAUGACAUGCCUUUCGAAGAGGUUCGUGCGAUAUUGACGAAGAUGCGAGUUACAGACAAGGACUUUCUUGACGAAGAAUUUGUCCCGGGAACUAGCAGUUGGGAGAUCUCGGCGGCAGGCAGUCUUUGUGCGGCACUGGGUGGCAUGUUGCUUGGUAUUGAAAUACAGCUGGACAUUCAACAAGGAGAGAUUCGUUCGUUUGCCUUGGGUGGAAUGGUGGGCCCACUCCUUGCAGCACCGUCAUGCCUGAUAGAGAGCUUGGGACGUCUGGGUUUCCUGUAUCUCGGUGGCAUUGGAUUCUGCCUUGGUGCUGCGGUCCAGAGAUUCCUUCCGUCACAAGACAUGCUGCCCGACGGAGCUUGCAUCUCAGGUGCGGCUGCAGGCGUGCUUUGUGCAAGCAUCCCAAUCUACCUUGGCGAAGUAUCUCAUCCGGACCAUCGUGGCGCCAUGGUGGCUGCGUUCCAGCUUGCCAUCGCUUUCGGCUUGAUCUUGACAUCUUGUGUCAACGUUUGGUUUGAUCCAAGCGAGAGUUCUUCCGAUGUCAUGCUGCUGGUCCUGGCAGGCCUUCUUACUGCAGGCGUGUCUUUCCUGCCGAAUUCCUACAGAUGGCUGGUCUCCAGGAGGCAGUUCAAAGAGGCACUAUCGCUAGCUCGCCGCACCUGCUCAUCCCGUCAAGAUGUCAGGCUCGAAAUCGCCAUGUGCCAGAGAGAGUUCCGCAGACAGACGGCAACCGGGAAAGCAAACUGGGUUGAGCUGCUCUCCGGUGUGAACCUGAAGGCCCUGGCUAUAGGCGUAGUACUCCAACUGCUGCAGCAGCUUUGCGGCUUUGUAUAUUUUCUUCUCCAUGGUUCGCAGCUCAUCAACGAAGUCUUCCAGUCCUCCGGUGGCUUCUCCUUUACACCUUGGUUCGUCGCUGCCAACUUGUUGGGAACGAUUCCAGCAAUGCUGCUGGUUGACCGAGUUGGUCGAAAGAAGAUGCUUCUCUUCAGCGCCCUCGCCAUGAUGACCUGCUGCUUCAUUCUCGCUGCUGCCGGCAGCUGCGCCACCGUAAAUCUGGCCUCUGCAGUCGAUGCCAGUGAGUGUGGUGAAGGCACAAAAGCAGUGAUAGCAGGCGCAAUCCUCAUGCAUACUUUUGCUUUUGCGUUCGGUUGGGGUCCGAUCACUUGGAUCUACUGUGCGGAGAUCUUUCCGCUUAAGUACAGAUCCAAGGCAAGUGGACUGGUCACUUGUGCGCACUGG